CUAAGAGGGCGCUCUAACAAUUAAUUUGGUUGAUGUAACUCGAAGUCAAGCUUCUGCUGGCAUUUUGCCCGGGAAUUCGCCGCUAUCUUUCCAGGAAAGAAGCUCUUAGCUCAUGGAAUCAAUUCUGUCGUGAUAGCUGAUGGAUGAAUGAAACGGCCUUCUCCUCGCUGUAGGCCUAUCGUAGAUCACAAUGGGAGUUCAAGGAUUGUGGCGAUUGGUUGAAUCAACUGGAAGGCCUGUCAAUCUGGAAUCCCUUGAAGGCAAAGUGAUCGCUGUUGAUGUAAGUAUUUGGUUGAACCAGGCUGUUCUAGGUGUCCAUGGUAGUGGCAUCACUAAUCCACACCUUCAGGUCCUGUUCAACCGCAUCUGCAAGCUCCUCUUCUACCGGAUCAAACCAAUCUUUGUCUUUGACGGAGCCCCACCUCAACUCAAGAAACAAACAUUGGCUGCUAGACGUCAAAGGAAGGAUCUUGCUGCUGCUAGGACAGAGAAGACCACGGAGAGACUUGUUACGAACUACCUCAAAUCACAUGCCAUCCAGGCUGUAAUUGAAGAAAGUGGUGAGGGUACCUCAAAGGAACUGCCUCCCCUGCAUAUCCCAAGAAAGAAUGAAACAGAUUUAUUUGAGCUGCCACCAUUGUCAUCAGCUGAUCUUCAAGAGAGGAAUAGUGGAUCAGAGGAAGGGGAUGAUGAUGGUGGUAUGUAUGUUGCUAUGGCAGCCCAUGAAGCUGAAAUGGCUUCUACCUACCAAGACUUGGGCGAGGUGGACAUCGAGUCAGAAUCCUUCAAGGCUCUACCCAUCGAAGUCCAACAUGAACUGAUCAGUGACAUCCAGGAGUCCUCCAAGAAGAAUUCCUGGGCGAGGAUGCACCAGUUACCCAAGGCAUCUCAAGAUUUCUCCCAGUACCAAGUCAAAAAGCUUCUUAACAAGAGUAAGCUGAGUUUGAGACUCGAUGACCUCAGGAAGGAAAUGAGAACCAAGAUGUCACUGUCUAUGACUGCAUUACUGGAUGCUGCGAAUGAAAGUAGUCAGGUAGAUGCAGGUCGUGUAGCCUCCGAAGACACCCAGCACUACAUCCUGAUGCGGAAGGGAAACAAACCUGAUGAAGAUUCCGAGAAUGAAAGCAAUGAUGACAUCGUGGUAGCGUCCUACGCCGAGAGGGCUGGUUUUUCAACGAGUAUGGAUGUCAAGAUGGCAAAGGCAACAAGGAAACGAGGGGCUGUAACCACCGCAGCAACCAAAGCAGCACCUUCGAAGGAUGCCAUCGAGAUUGUCCUUGAUGAAGAUUCCAUCCCUGCAAGGAAAAAGAGGAGAGAUGAUUUGAUUGGGAGUGAGGAGGACAAGGACAGGACUAGGAUUGAAGAUCAGGAAAGCAAGGAUGAGGCUUUGAGAGCAGAACUGAAGAAAUUCUUUGAUCAGCUUGAUGCCAAGAUAUCACCUACGAAGGUAAAGGAGCAGGAAGCCGGUUCUACAGUACAUAACCUUGAUGAAGAAGUGCCUUUUGAAAAUGUAUUUACCUCAACUCCAGAAAUGUCAGUACAAACUGCACAGGAACAAAGCUCUUCACAACCAGAGUCAACAAAAAUCAUCAAGGAUGAAAGAACGUUAAAAAUUCCUGAGGUAGUUGGUGAUAGUUCUGCAAAGAUCGAUAUGACUAUGAAGGAAAAAACACAGGAAAGAAUAGAAGAUGAGCCUUUAGAACUUGACAUUUAUGGUCCUUCAGGCAAGGAUCAUCUUUCUCAAAAACUGUCAAAGGAUACACAUAGUGAUAGAAAGACGGAAGUCACUCAGGAAGUACAUCAGACAAUAAAAGAGAAAUGUGAAAUGCACAGUGGUAAGAAAAGGACUAACCCCAUAGAACAAGUAGGGAACACUGUGGACUUGGCUUCAAAGACUGCAGAGAGGACUAUCACUAAUCCAUCAAUAGCUGGUCCAGGCAAGGUAAUCAGGGUUGCCGAUACGGUUACGACCCAGAGGCAAGAUAUCCUGAAGCAACUGCAGAAGAAGAAAGAGGACAUGAAGAACAUGCUGAAAGCUUUUGAGAGUCGGAUGAGUGACUUUGACAUUCCAGUUGUUCCUGAUGCUGAUUUGGCAUUUGAUGGUGAAACAACACCAGGAAUUGAUGCUGAAACCGAUAAUCCUUUAAAGUUAAGUGAUGGCACUGGUAGAACGACCUCUUCAUGUGUCGGUAGAGUUUCUCUUGAGGAUGAGGUCAAAGACACAAAUACUGUUUCCGAAGAAAAUAUCGGAAAGGCAGUUCUAGAUGUGACCACGAGUGCAAAGCCUUCCAGUGGAGUAGUGGAAGGUGCACAGACUGAACUUCCAGCAGAUGUGGACACUAGUGCAAAGACUGCUUCUGGUGCAGGGUCUGCCCCAGAUGAUGUCACCAGUGCAAAGGCCACAUGCGAUCCUGGUGCUGAUGCAGGGGUCACCGCUAAGGCUGGUACCAAUGCAGAAAUAGAUAAGAAGGAAGAACUUGAUCCAGGAAAGAGGGUCGUUGUUGAGAUCACACUUGAUAGGCCCUUGCAGGAGAUUGGACAAAAAGCAAGCUCUGACGGUCUUGUUUCAUCAGAUCUCUCAUUCAUGACAAGAACCUCACUGGAUUCAGAAUGGACAUCAACGCCUUACCAAGUGGAUAGCGAUGAUGAUGUCCAGCGUGUUUACAUGCAAGAAUCUGAUCAGGAACCAGAGAUAGAUGAAUGGCAGGGAUUAUACAUGGACAAGAUGAAUGAGAUGGAGAAGAAGCUACACACGGAAAGAAUUGCUCUCGAGAAAGCAAGGCGGAAAGAUCAGAAGAAAUCAUACUCUAUCACAGACACCAUGUAUGCGGAGAGUAAGGAGAUGCUCCGAUGCUUCGGAAUCCCUUACAUCGAGAGUCCCCAGGAGGCUGAAGCUCAGUGCGCUUUCUUAGAUCUGACCAAUCAGACGGAAGGUACUAUAACGGAUGACAGUGAUAUCUGGUUGUUUGGUGGUCAGCGAGUCUUCAGGCAUUUCUUCUCCAAGAAGAAGGACCCGGAGUACUUCAAGGUUGGAGACAUUGAAAGGCAUCUCUUGCUGGACCGUAAGAAGCUGAUCAACCUUGCAUAUCUUGUGGGCAGUGAUUACACCCUUGGUAUCCAAGGCAUUGGGUCAGUGGGCGCCAUUGAGAUCAUGGGCGAGUUCAAAAGUCAAGGCAUAAAGACUCUCAAGGAUUUCAAGUCUUGGUGGACCAAAUCACAGAACAGGGUCUUGCCAUCAGGAAUGAAUACCAUCAGGUCUAAAUGGUGCAAGCUUGUUCUACCCGAAGAGUUCCCAAAUCCUCUAAUUGCCAAGGCCUACAUGAAUCCAGUCAUCGAUGAAUCCGAUGAAGGUUUCCAAUGGGGGUCCCCUGAUCUUGGUCUUCUCAGAGAGUAUGCUCGUGAGAGAUUUGGUUGGAUGAGAACUAAGGUUGAUGAAAACCUCCUCCCAGUCUUGAAGCGGCUCAAUGAGAAACAGGUUCAAAGCAAGAUGACAUCAUUCUUUGGCAUCGUUCACCAUGGUAACAGGAAGAAGAUUGCCAGCAAGCGAAUGAGAAAUGCUCUGAUGCAGAUGGAGAGAUCAUCAAGUGAAGAGGACGAGGAGGAGAGUGAGAGUGAAGAAGAGGAAGAGGAGGAGAGAAGGCCAAGGAAAAGGAAGAAGGUUUCUUCCGAAGCUGGAAAGAAAAUAGUGAGAAGAAAGAAGAAGCCCGCGCAAGGUGCUCGUCAAGAAGGAACAGAUGGAGUUAAGCAGAAAGUCAAGAAGAGAGUAAAGCGGAAGAAAAAGGUAGGACUGAACCAGAAGGAUGAAGAGCCAGCGCAAGAGCAGAACCAAGGCAGCGUGCAGACAAAGAACGCUCCAAAGUCUCCUGUGAGUGAAAAGGAGAAAGUGUUAAGCAAGAAGAGUAGGGUGCAGAACGGGAAGACUGCUAAAACCAACUCGAACGGAAGAGAAAAGCGUCAAGUUCCUCAGGUGGAUUAUGCCGCGAUGAUGGAAGACUACGACGAGGACAUUCCUGAUGAAGUCCUCCUGGACGUCGCGGAGGACAUGGAGAUGGCCGCCUUGAUGGAUGAACCAGGAAGUGGUCAUAACGUGACCUAUGACCUUAGGAAUAUCAGCAACAGCUCCAGCUCUCAACCAAAAUCAGGAUCUCAUAACUCUAGCUUGGAUAGAGAUUUUGUGGAGGAGAAGAGGGGUAAAGGAAGGGGCGGUAGGAGGGGCGGGGCUGUGCCGAAGCUUGGUGGUGGUACACAGCAGGGGAAAGGAAAGAGGGGAGGGGCAAGCAAAGGGAAAGCAUUGAUGAAGAGAAGGCCGGUCCAAAUGGAUGGACCAAAUCUCUCUUCCAGUGGCUCUGACUCGGAUUGAACAGUCAUAUUUUUCCAUAUCUAAUAAUCUAUUUUGAAGAAUUUAUUUGAAACAUAAUGCUUAAGACCCUUAUCUGUGAAAGGUAUAUAUGUGGAGGAUGUUUCUCAAAGAUUUAAAAUGUGACUUACAGUCAAGCUUAGCCGCCAAUGCACCCAUGGUAUGUAAUGCAUCAUUAAUGAAUACGCAGUAGCACGCAUCCUUUUAGUAUGAUUUUACAAUUGCGGUAAUGCCUUUUUACCUCACGCAACUGGGAAUUUAAGCUAGACUCUAAGUCACACUUAUUCUUUGUGGAAUACCCCAAGGUCUUUUGCUUACAAAAGCAUAGCAAUAGUUAUUCAUUAUGUUGUAUAAUAAAUAUUUUGUCCAGAAUAUUUGAAUUAUUUUACUGAAAAACUGACUAGAUUACAUUAUUGAUAUCUAAGAUAAUGUAUUGCAUGGAGGUUUUCAUGGAAUUUUGAAAAUACAAGACAGUUUGAAUCAAUUUUAUUCCAAUUAUUCUCCAGCUACCAUCAUUAGUCGUAAACUUCAAUAUUGAAUGCGAUGGAAUGACUCAUUUGUACAUGUAUGUCUAUUGCUUUUUCUGUGUCUGUUAUUUGCUCAAAUAUUCUGAAGAUAUUCUGAAGAUGAUUUGUGACCAUGAAAUAAGAUUUUUUAUUGUUUAAAUUAAUUCAUGUUAACCAAGACAAUAAAAAGGAAAGGAUUAGGAUGAAAUUAAACUUACCUCAUAAAUUCGGGCACUGAUAUGCUCUCUGCUACCAAAUAUCAUUGCUAUAUGUUCAGUACAUUAUGUAUGUAUACAUACAUACCAAGAUUUAUGAGUGCAAUUAUGUGUGUGAUUAUCGGAAUGCAUGAAUAUUUAUUUUCUAAGCUAUGUAGCAUUAUUUUAUGACAUUUUUUCUAGCAAUAGAAUUGCAACUGAAAUUUCAUAAUUAACUGUUUUGUUGCUUUAUUUUUCUUGUCUGUGCCUGGAAUAAUGGUUAAUCAGGGAUUUUGCAUUUCAAUAUAAAGAAAUUUGUAAAGUUAAGGGGGAAUCCAAGUUUGGUCAUAAAAUAAUUUGAUUGAAAGGGGGAGGAUUUUCAAAACAGAAUGGUGAAAGUUUGAAAGAAAGGAAUAUGGCUUUUCAAGAAAAAUAGAUCACUAUGAACACAUCUCAUAUAAGCAAUGAAGAAUAGACUGAGAAUAGAGAUAUGGACUACUGUCCCAUUUACUUUUCUUUUAUUUGCAAUUUUCUCUAUCAAGCAUCUUUUCCCUUGGAGUAGUAAUUAGAUAGGUAGCAUAUUGUUAUACGUUUCCAU